UCUCUCCCACCUGUCCUCGACUUCCCGUGCUCAGACCAGAGCUGCUCACUCCUCUGCCGGCCCCUCUCUGGCUGGGUCCGUGUGCACAGCUGCAUAUCUUUUCAUCUUUCCCUGUGUGUGGCUGUUUCUUUCUACCUGUAGUGCUUCAGUGGAGGGGCGGGGGGAAAAGGAAGCCGUCGGCCGGUGGAGCUCUGAUGGGAGGCAGCGCUGGCUCUGUCUGGGACUGGGGAUGCUGACCAGGGGGAGGGAGGGCCUGUUUGAGCUGGGGCAGCAGCUCCAGCAGCAGGGGGAGUAUCAGGCCGCCCUCCACUGCUUCCUCAGCUGCCUGUUGGGCCUGACCCAUGUGCAGAGCUUCACCUAUUUGCCCAACUGCCUCCACCAGAUUGCAGAACUCUUCAUCACUGAAAAGAAUUAUGGUCCACACGCACUCGCCUUUUGCCAGGUGACUCCCAGAGAUGAGAAGGCCCUCCAGUUCAUCCAGGCUGAGAAAAUGUUCUAUGAGGUGGCGUUGAUCGAGCUCACCACUCUUCACGGGAGCACAGCAGGGCCUCAGGAGGAGGCCACGCUGGGCUCUGGAGGAUGGACGACCCCAGAGGAGCUGUCGGAGCAGGCCUCCCAGGCACAGCAGCUCGAGCGGCUAGCCCAGCUCUGCAUCUUGAGCAAACAACCGCAUCUUGCUUUAGAAUACAGCGGUAAGGCUGCAAAGAUCCACCAGAGGGCCUUUGGUAACGACCACCCCAUCACAGCCAGAAGCCUGGAGCUUAUGGCUACUGUCUAUGUUGAGAUCGGCAAGACUGAAUAUUCAGACUCCCUGGGUCAGUGCGUCUCGGCGCUGUCCAAACGCUUUGCUGCCGCAGAGUCCAUCCGAGACACCGUCAGCUGCGUUCCUCAUUCCCCCCGGGAGAAACACUCAGAGGUCCGCCACAGAAAGGACACCCACCACCCCCAGGAGGAGGCGCUGGAUCCUCAGGUAACCAAUGGCAAAGUCCCCGCCUCCAUCCUAAAGAGGCCCAGUCCCAACUACGGGCCGGACGCAGAACCGAACCACAGGCGGAAAGGCGAGCGGAGAGUUCGAUUCCGGGAUCCAGAGACCACGGUACAUGCCUAUGAGACGACAGCGCCGCGCCCACACCUCGCCCUGUUCACCUGCCUCCUCCUGCUGAUGUCAUUCCUGGGUGUGGCCAUGUACUGCACAGACCGGCGGCGCCCACAGCGGGUGUGUGAGGAGCUGGAGGACGGCCUGGCCGUCUACCUGCUGCAUAUGAAACGGCUCGUGUGGGGCUGCUGGAUAUGGCUGACCAUGCAGUGACUGAGACCCACCACAGGGGGAGACUUGGGGCCUCCUCUCUUUUUUUUCAGGGCCCUCUUUUUUCCUGUUUCUGAAGGAGCCUCCGAACACCUCCGCCUUUUGGCAAGGCUCUGUUUGUGGCGUUAAACCACUCUCGCAGUAAAAAAGGGAAAAAAGAUUAUUCCCAGAAAAAUGUAGCUUCCAUGGCUUUAUGUACAAAUGUGCUAAAGUCAUGCCAUUCCUUCAUGUACGAUUUUCUGUCUAUGUGUGUGAGUGUUUCCAUGGAAUGCUAAUAUUUAUUUAGUUUCAAUACAUGAUUUGGGUACAUCCGAUCUUACACAGAACUGAAUGCGUAUGUAUAUAUUUCCGCCUUGUAAUUGCACAUAAAUGAAUGUAGAGAAGUUUGGAAACGGCUUUGAUUGGAGGAGGUGGACAGAAGCACAAUGUUGGAACUGUUGGAUAAUUAUCUGAGAGAUAGAAAACACAGGGCUGCAUCACUUCACAGCACCAGGUUGAAUGUCUACCAGAUGAAACACAUCUUUUUCUUUCCAGGCCGUCUGUCUCCAGCUGAUUCCCAGCUCCACUUAGGAGAAAAUCUACAGCACAAUGUUCUGAAUUUUCUCAUCUUAUCUCAUAUCGAAGAGAAUAUACUCGUACUGAAUGAAUACUAAUGCUUUUGACAGUGUUCCUCUUUAUAACCGCUUGAAUCUCAGAAAAUAUCCUCGAUCCUAAAUGUUAUUUAUUCUUCUAUGCUGUAUAUCUGCAUCUACGAAAAUAUCCAACUUUCAAAUAUUUUUUGAAUUUUUUUUUUUAAAGCGUUAUAUUUCUAUUUAAAAACUAAUAUUCAGGUGUUAUCCGUGAUGUCAAAUGCUCAUCGAGCUUUGGACAAAAAUAAUAUGUCUGAUUUGUAUCAAGUUCAUUGCCAUUAAUAUGAGGCCAAACAGAAAUAUGACCAUUGAUGAUGAUUCUGUAUGUUAUUUAGCGAAUCCCUUUAUCGAAUGAAGCAACAACAAACAAAACAGACAGAAAUCACACAAAUGGAUUCUAGGACUCAUCAGGCACAGAGAUUCCAGAGACCUCUCGAUAUCGGCAAUAACACUCAUGACAUGGUUCCCAGUAAAACAUCUUUAUAUAACAGGUUUCAGGGAAAUCGUUGUAUUUGAGGUUUUGCGUUUGAAUGUCAAAGCAAUAUCCGGCGAACACGCCUGUGUAGAAGAAGAAACACACUCUGCUCUGUACUGUCAAACCACAUUGUCAUGAGCAAUAAAACAAUACCCAGUGAACUCAUGUCCUGCAUAGACACGUUGAGCUUAGAUGCUGCAUUUCUCGCCUGUCCAAAAGGUUAUGGCCACUUUGUAAGAAGUGCCUUUAUGGAAGGUUUCCUUCGCUCCGACCGCUUUGUGAGUUUGGUUGUUUUGAAUAAAACUGUCGUUGCCUAUCAAGGUCAA